GUUGUAGGCUUCCCAGGCAGAACAUGAGCUGCUGUUCUUCCAGUUUGGAUUUGGCCUCACACUGGCAAUGAAAGACGUCGAAAACAGAUAGGUCAGAGUAUGAAUGGAGAGGUACAUUAAUGCAAUACAGUUUCUAUUUGUGCUGUUUUCAGUGAAAAUGCAUGUCUGAGACAUCGGGUCAAGGAUACGUUCAGUGAUAAAAGGGCCUUUGGACUCAUUUAGAAUUGGUCAUCGGCUGAAAGUAUAAAUUAAUGCAAACCCCUGGAAUCAGUGUGGGACUGGGACUAGCAAUGGCGCAGCAUGAAAACCUGUCUGUGGUGCUCUAUGAAAAGAAUGAUCUGAGACUGGAAUAUCGACCAAUUCCAGAACCAGGUCCUAAUGAAGUCUUGCUGAAGAUGCAUUCCGUUGGGAUUUGUGGCUCUGAUGUCCAUUAUUGGCAAAAUGGAAGAAUUGGAGAUUAUGUUGUGAGAAAACCUAUGGUACUUGGGCAUGAGGGCUCAGGAACAGUAUUUAAAGUGGGACCUGGAGUACAACAUCUCAAACCAGGUGACAGAGUUGCCAUUGAACCAGGGUUCCCCAGAGAAAAUGAUGAGCAUUGCAGAGCUGGGCGCUACAAUCUCUCACCAACAAUUUUCUUCUGUGCUACUCCACCUGAUAAUGGAAACCUUUGUCAAUACCAUGCACACAAUGCCAACUAUUGUUAUAAGCUCCCAGAAUCUGUGAGUUUAGAGGAAGGUGCAUUGAUUGAACCUCUUUCAGUUGCAAUUCAUGCCUGCCGCAGAGGGGGAGUAACAAUUGGUAGCAAAGUCUUAAUUUUAGGAGCAGGGACGAUUGGGCUUAUGAAUCUGCUUGUUUCCAAGGCCAUGGGAGCAUCUCAGGUUUUAAUCUGUGAUCUAUUAGAAAGUCGGUUGAAAAAGGCAAAGGAAAUGGGAGCUACUUUCACUAUUGCUGUUGAGAAAAACAUGAGCAGUAAGGAACUGAGCCAAAAAGUAAGAGAUGCAUUUGGUGGAGCUCUGGCUGGCACGUCUAUUGAGUGCACUGGGGCAGAGUUAUGUAUCCAAGCAGGUAUCUAUGCAACUAAGUCUGGAGGUGUUUUUGUUCUGGUUGGUGUGGGCAAACAUUCAGCAAACAUACCAAUCUUCGAAGUGGGAGUUCGGGAAAUUGAUAUUCGGGGUGUUUUCAGAUAUUGCAACACGUGGCCUGUGGCAAUUGACAUGCUGGCUUCAAAGGCAAUAGAUGUGAAGCCUGUGGUCACACAUCGCUUUCUCUUGGAAGAAGCUGUCAAAGCUUUUGAAACAACAAAGAAAGGUGUGGGAAUAAAAGUUAUGCUUAAGUGUGAUUCCAGUAACCAGAAUCAAUGAGAAUAUUUUUUGUGUACAUCUGAUUUCAACUGUUAUCACGAGGUAGCAACCAAUGACAGAUUUGACUUUAGCUAAUGCAUUAAAAGGUAAUUUCCAGGAUAAUUUGCACAUACAAAUAAUCUUGUUAGUUGAUGCAGUUUUAAUUAUAUUUGGUUAACAAUCAUAUAAAAUAAUGCAAAGUAAAUCUGAUCUGUUACGAGGGAGCAGAUUCACAGGUUUAGUAAGUGAGACAAGACAAUGAUUAUGAAUAAGCACAUUAAUCAUUUACAGAAAAACAGUAAAACAUUCAGUACCACUACAAACUCAACAGGUGCUCCAUUAAGUCUCCCCAAGUUACACAACUGCAAAACUAAACAUUCAACAUACAGACCUUAGCUAAUUGUGUGCAUGGGCCUUCCUAUAUCUGUAGCAUACUUUCCCAAUGUUUCUUCAGCACUGACCGUGAUAUCAGUGUGAAUAUGAGACCCUGGAGACAAAGGAAAGCCAUUCAGUCUCUUGCAUGUGCUAUUCUUGUACCACUGAGUCACCUGAAACUGGACAGCAGUGCCAUGGCACACUAAAGCAACCAAUAGGAAAGAGCUGCUACAUCCUUCAAACAGGUCGGUUGACAACCUGCAGAGCAGAAGCGGCUUUUGACCAACUAGUAAACUAACCCUUCAAAUUACAUGGUGCCAGUUAAAAUGCUUAUAGCAUUUAUUAAGUAAUGUACCAAAAUCCUUUUCCUUUAGCAAUCCCUUGGGAUAAAGAAUAACUUGCUUCCUCUACAUUUCUGGCAAAUGAGUCAAUGCAGGAACAGCGGGCUGGGGCAGGUGGAGGUUGAUGGUUUGGGUGAAUGGGUUGUUUGGAUUGCUAUGUGCUUCUUCUGCCAUUGGCAAUUUGCCUGCCCACAGACUUACUGGACAGACACAAAAUGCUUGGUGUCUUCCUGUAUGCUUCUCCAACAUUUCGAGACACCUUUGGCCAAGCAUUCUCAGGAAUAAGCAAGGAUAUUACUACUGUCUAAAGUAAACACUAAGAAUAUCUUUGAAGCGUUUUCACCGUUGUGACCGAAUUCAGAGUUGAGUGCAUGUUCUGAGUAGCUGAUGUCAGGCAUGUGGAUGAUGCAUGAUCAGAAGUUUUAUGCUUGACAGAAACCGCUGAAAUUGGUUCACCCAUCCUGCCAAUGCAUUUGAAGGUUUUAUAGAGGUAGCAUUGUGGUGUUUAUCCAAUGCUUUAAGGUGUUUGCUGUAGCCUAUUUAUUUCUUCAAAGUAACCAGGAACUCGGGGAUCACUGCUACUCAAUGGACCAUCAUCUUCCUGUCAGGUUUAAGGACUUGAUCUUCAAAUGCUCUUUUUACUGGGUGACAAAAUGCAUCAUUUGUAUAAUGACUGACAACUUGGAUUGUGUACAGGACAGACACUUAAUAGUGCAGUUGAGACAUUAUUAAAAAUACACGGAUGGAGUUCAGUGGUUGUGAAUGCCAAGUGGCUGCACAACUUGAAAUUUAUUUCCAGCUUUUUCUUAGCCCUUGAACAAAUGAGGUCACCUUCACUUUAAUAUUAGUAAGUUUUAACAUGAUGUUGUAAUUCAGAUUAUAUUCACAAUGUGAUGAGAGGGAGCAUUUGAUCUGUCAAACAGUGGAAUUGCUUUUUCAGCAUCUUUGACUUAACAAUUACAGAAUAUUGUAUCAAACAAUUAAUUCAAGGAUAAAAAUGGAGAAUAAAGAUGACUUAUGCUGAUAAAUAA